CGAGUUAUACUUUUCCAGACUUCUUCUCCGCCAACCAAUCAGUGUUCACCUGGAGGCCGGUUAACGCACAGCGCUGUAGAUAAUCAUGACCUGCAGUUAGCUUCAUGGUGGACAUGAAGGUAUCAGUGGGUACAACACAAGAUCUACAUCUGUGGAGGACUCAACGGAAACGAGUGCCUUUUCACGGCCGAGUGUUUCGAACCUCGUUACGAUCAGUGGACGCGAAUCGAACCGAUGCCCAUCCAAAGCUGUGUCGUGGGCGUCAUCGCUCUGAACAACCGAGUGUUUGCGCCCACAGUCUGCAGAGCGUCGAAGCCUACAACCCUCAUACCAACUCCUGGAGAAUGCUUGCCUCCAUGUUUAACCCACGAAGGAACUUUGGCGUCGAGGUGAUGGACGGCCGCUUGUACGUGGUUGGCGGCUACAAGUACUACGACGAAGAGAGCGACGACUGGUUCAACGUCCAGGACAUGAAUAUCGUCCGCGGUGCGGUGAGCUGCUGUGUGAUAUCCGGGCUUCCCAACGUCACCAACUACACCAUCGCGUACGAUGACCUUCUCUAGACACGGAGCUUUUAAAACGCUAUUAAACUACAUCCCAUUGGCAGAA